AUGUUGUUCGAGUCCGUGCUGCAACCAAACGACCCAAGCCGUCAACAAACCAAAUCCAACGCUGCCGACGUGGCCAACCUCUUUGCCGUCGACUUGCUGCACGUCCUCAGUGUAAAACCCGCGGACGAAACCCUUCCCCCAACACAGGGUAUCGCCAUCACACAACUGCUGCUGCAUGUUCACGUAAACAACUCCACCGAUGACAUGACAAGCGUGGUCACUUCGGGCUCGAUCGCUGAGAUCCGACUUUCUCCAGAAUCCAAGUUGUUCUCCUUCCAUCCAGUCGAACUCUUCAGGCUUCGCGUCCAAGAAACGGCCGUGUUGGCGAAGGAAGGAAAGCGUGUCCUGAUCCUAGAGAAGCAUGACGUUGUGGGCGGUGUCGCGCAACCCCGAGUUGAGCCACUCAUAGCUGUGCCGCGACCAAAUUUUUGA